AGAGGUGGGAACAUGUACACCUGGCCGGAAGAGGAAGUGGAGUUUUUUGUAUGUUUCUCGUCAGCAUGACCAUUUGCUGUAUGUCCAAGAUUGGAGGGCAGGGACUUGGUCAUAUUAAUGUGUCUAAAGUCUGCAUUGCCACGGGAAUGAUACAUCUUUGAUAUUUGCCGUUAGCCAGUACAUAGUAUAGCAGCAGAAAUCCUCUUGUCUGUGACAGGUAUCAGGAAAAAGAUGGUGGCAGCCAGCAAGAGCAAAGACUGUGGCGGUUUAGAGCUGUGGGUAAAGCCAGUCACAACUCACCUGUAUCACUGCGUGACACACAGUGAGGGCGACCCUGAUCGACUUCUCUCCAUGUGGCGGAGCUUUACGAAUCAUGUUUCAAAUAUCCAUCAUGGUCACGAUGGACCAUAUUCAUGCUGUCUCCAUGGGCCUCUCACCGACGAAAAGCGACCCUGGCUUCUCCCGAACUCUCGGCCAAAGGCAAAGCUGAAUGCCAUUACGCAAGCAAAGCAUUUGCUGAAGGACAUACAGCAGCUUUCACCAGACGUACAGACAUCAGGCCUAGAGGCAUUUCACAGCCUACUCAUAAGAUUCGCUCCGAAAUCUGUGGGGUUCUGUGCUAGAGUGAUGAGAAGCAGGGUGUAUCUCGCCAUUCUUCACUUUAACGAGAACUCAGACAGACAGCAUGCACUGACCGAAGAUGGGGAGUUCAGGUAUCGAGUGAAAGCAUCGAAAGUUCACAAAGGGGAACACGUUGCACUGCCCAUCAAAGAGGAGCCAACAUUUCAUUACUACAAUCAACUUGUUGACAAGUGUGUGGAGCUAUGCAACACAUGGGCUACAUUCCCCGAGGCAUUCAAAGCAUACUCUGGUGACGACCCUCCAUUCUUAAGCCAAACAAACCCUGCCCCAGACAAGCGAGAACUCAUUUACGCAAGACAACGUAGGUUGGGACCUUGCAGCUGCCUCCAGUGUACAGAGUAGCAUGCAUAUGAUCUAAAGCCCCUGUAGCUGCCAGAUCGUGAAGGGAAGGCCUUUCGUAUCGCCGUUACCACGCAUGAUGGAAGCACUCGUCUAUCCUCCGGAGGAAGAGGCCCCCAUGUCCAGGAAGUGAAAUGACGAUAUGCUAUGUGACGCAGUAUCCUGAAAACAAAGAGAAAUGGGAAGGCAUAACUAAUUUUUACUUUUGUAAUAUAAAAAUUUACAGAUAUGUAAACACAUGAUACAAAUGAGAAUAUACAAAUACGUACAACCAUGAGAUAAAAAUUGUGGAAAUGUCACACAUGCAAAAUAUAUGUAAAUAUGUAAUGUAAUAUAUGUAAAUAUGUAAUGUAAUGUAUGUAAAUAUGUAAUGUAA